CAGUUGGUAGUUCGGCUUUGGCAGUGAUCACAUCGCGGUGGAUCUCUGUUUUCUGCUCUCUGCUCGCGGGGCUGAUCGAGUUGGUCCCGAAGUUUCGGUUGAAAAGUCUAUAUAAAUCCGUACGAAAGACCAGUAGAAGGCUAUAGUUUUUUCUUGGAUUUCGCGUAGACAAGAUCAAAGUUCAACCGCUGGAGGCAGUCUAGUUAUAGGAUAGUAGGUCCUUCCCAGGAGCAUCAACGAAACUAUGUUGAGGUUUUGUGCUUUGGAUUGAACGCGACGUAUAAUGCAUUGAUCAGGUCAUCAGAACCGUUGGAUUUAAAUCAGCAAUACCCUUAUGUAAGGAAUUAUAAGGUUGAAACGAUAUGUAAGAUGAGUGAUAAACGCCAGAUUCAAAGAUGUUCCGCAGUAGUUAUUGUGAUCCUGCAGUUAGUAAUAAGUCAAUCCAACAGUGCCAAAGUAGACAAGGUGGUUGUGGUGAUACCCAAGGGUCCCAGGACGCUACAGAUGCUCGGAUCUAUGAGUCCGCAGCUGCUACAUACGAUCAGUGACGUACUGAAACCAGUACCCUCCAAUGUUGUUCAAAUACCAGUUCCUUACUAUCCGGAGCUUAAUAGAUAUCAUAAUAACAAACGGCAUAAAUAUGGUGAUUUCUCAAAGUUACUACACCACGCGUACUUCAAGAGUCCGUUCAAAGCUUCUCCUCCCAUCAAUUUCGAGUUGAAGAAUACACAACCCGGACCGUACGAUACUCCGUUCACACCAAUGCUGAAACCUAGUCCAGUAAGCGCAUUACACGUGGAGAAGGCACCGGAAAUAAAAUUCACACCGAUUAAUUUGCUUCCACCGGAACCACCCAAUUUUGAGACCGUACGGAAUUACGUCCAAAAGCUCAAGGUCAAGCAAAAGGCUUUCUUCGACACCCAUGGAUACGACUACGGACUAUCGGUGGUACCUCCAGCGAACAAAUAUACCGAUUAUGUGAAGAAGAAAAAAUAUCACCACAAGUACAGUAAACCCAGCUACGAAUACCUGUUCAACUCGCAUCCGAACGAAUUAUCACACAUAGGUCAGGCCAAUCUCAAACCGGUGGAAGAGCAUGUUUACUAUACCGAGGAUUCGGACGCCGACCAUCACUACCACAAAGCUAAUCCGGAAGGGCACGAGUUCGUGAUAGCUCCGGAUAAUGAUUUCCAAACGGCAAUUCCUCUCGCGGGUUUUGUUGAUGCAGACGACGCGCACUUCGAGCAGAAAGGAGAAGAUUUGGUACUGAAGACAAAACAUCCUCAUGCUGCGGUUAUUACACCAGAAGAGUUACAGUAUUUCACCCAUCACUACACCAAUGAACAUGUAUUUUCGGAAAGGCUGGAACCAAAAACGAAUAAUAAUAUUGAGAGUGAGGACUUGAACUCCGUUCAUCACAGGGAUAAACGAUACAAAAAUGAUCGCACGGGUCGUGCUAAUGAAAAUCAGGAUUUCGAAGCAGACUUCUAUGACUCCGAAGAGACAAAGAAAUUUUUGAGAGAGGACGAUUUUUACGACAUCGAGGAAGUGAAGGCGCACGCAAAUUUUGAGCCGAGGAAGACGUACACUCAAGUGCGCCAUGAGAACGUGAAGCGCAAGGAAAAUAGUCCGGUAGAUGGGGGGCCCCGAGUCCGCGAAAAGGUCACAGUAUCCAAAACCAACAUCGUCUACAGUGAGAAGGGAAAGGAAGAAGAUAGAUUCGAUCACAGGGAGGAGCAAUCGUCCAGUGAUUUUAAUUCCAAAUCAAAGAUGCCAAAGAAAUAUCGUAGCAAGCGAGAUCUCACUGAACAGUUAGCACCAACAGGAACUUCGGAGGAAACUCAUACAGCCGAAGAGCUCCCCGAGGAUAACUAUGACGAGCCGAGUAGUCAGGAGAACGAAAUAGAGUAUGAACUGCUACCGGAACAGGAUGUUGAGGAGCUUCAGAAUGAUACAAACACAAUCUUGCUUCCUUACGCGCAGGCGCUGAUAUUUCAAAACGAAACAGACAUGAUUUUCCUUCCCUUACCGGAGGCACUGGUGGACCCGAGACAGCUGCAAGGUGAAGAAUUGCUAAAUUUUCUGGACGAAGCCAUUGCAAAUUCCACACAGCUUCUGCCAACGGAAAAGCAGAAGAAACCCAUAGAAGUUAGUGCCGAGAUUCAGAAGCUGCACGGACAGGAAUUAAUUCGAUUUUUAGAUGACGCCAUCAAGACAUCCAAUCAAUAUCUGCUGGGUGAAGUAAAUGACACUAGUUCCGGAGAUGCGAUCAAACUUGUUAAUGCUCCUCGUCUGGGUGAUCCGCCUCCAGUAGUGAGCCAACAACAAAUAGACCAUGAAAUUGUUUUCGCAGAGAAUGCACCCCGGGCAGAGGGGUUAGUUAGGAGAGACUUUCUCAAAUUCAGCGGCAAACACCGGUUGCCAGAUGUGCCACAGUUUGAAACGUUGAGAUUCGUGAGACCUUUCAACACCUUUCUGAGACUUCACAAACAAGCGGUACCCGAUGACUAUGAGAUUGAGUUUGAGGCGCAAAAUCCGAGAGAUUUGCAUGGAGAAGAUUUGAUUAGAUACCUGCAAGAGGCGAUCGACAACACAACACGUUUAUUCCCGGAUAAAUACGAAAGUCAUAAUUAUACUAUACCCUACAUGGAUCGUGCGUUCCACUAUGUGGACGUCGAUACGGCAAUAAAAAGAGCUGAUACCGUAUCCGGUGAGAUUUCGGACUAUUUGAACAAUAGACAAAAGCAGAAUGAAAUCGAGUCAAAAGCAAAUGCAGAACAACCCCUCGUCAGUAAGGGUGGUUUCGUGCCCGUACGACGAUCAGAUAUAAUUAACGCCCAGUUUAAGCCAACAUCUAAACAGCCAGAAUUUGUUGGUGUUCCGAAGGAUGCGUACAAAAAUUCUCCACAAAAACAAUCUAAUCCGGCGGUUGUUGUGUAUAAUGACGUUAUCAGACACAUUAAAAACCACCUCUCAACAAGUAAAACAACCAAGACAAACAAUCGUAACAUGUUAAUGAUCGCUGUUCCCAGAAGCUUGCAGAGCAACUUCAGCCGUGAUGCCGAGCGAAGGCAAGACUACGGAGUUGAAGGUUUUUCGAGCAGUACCCUGUUUACGCUACCGAUUUUUGACAUCAAUAAAUUCUAUCCAUCUUCGAAUUUAGCCUACGACAGCGGAGAAGAGGGUGUUGAACAUGAGCACUACAUUCCACCUUCUAGGAUGAAAACAAAAAUCGAGAGAGAAGCCGAAAGGAUGGUCGAAAAGGGCACAUCGUCAGGAAAAGUCCACACCAGAUCGUAUCCCCGCGAUGAUAUUGACGAUGCAUUUAAAGACGUUUCUCACCAGGGGCCCCAAACCAACAAGGUCAUUCCCAUAAAGCCAUACGCUGUGAAGGAAAAGCUUCGCGAUGCACCGCAGCCAACAUUUAAAAAACCAGGCCCACCGUACUCGGCGCUGCCGCUUCCCCCGAUCAGUACCAAAACAAAGGUGGCCAAACUCAACACAGUGACGAAACAUCGGAAAGCUCCGCCACCGCAUCCUCCACCGAAGCGGAAAAGGCCCACAAAACAUCGUUCUUCCACCGUCGUGAAACGAGUAGUACCCAUAGUGCGGAAGAGGGUGCGCAUCGUUAAGCACUAGGGCCUGAAGGUGAUGAAAAAAACUUAUCUUCACGCGUUACUUAAGCUCGUUAGUUCCCGUUUACUAAUUUCUCUCAAAUUGAGCAGGCACUGUGGGGAGGAAACACACGUUUCAUUCGUAGGUAAUUACUUAACCCCGUUAUCCACUGUGCAGGUAAACACCAUUCUUAGUAUUAGAAGACGAAAGGCAACAAAACCUUCUCGUAGCAAAGUAGUUGUGUAAGCUGAACUAUUUAUUUUUCCCAAAAGACUACAAUCCAUCGCAAAACAAGUUACCGAAGCAGCGAACGAAACUAAUCAACGGUGAGUUGAACAAAAAAAACUUCCCGAACGAAUUGUAUUUUAGGCCGAAUAAAAAGAGAUGCUAAUUAAAUAAA